GGAUAGGUUUCGCUCCGGGAGUUAAAAGAACUCGAUCGGCUCGGAAUCAUCCUCCACCUUCUUUCUACCUUCCUACUCCCUGUCGCAAUCUUCCAGUUUCCCCGUGACUCUUGCGCUCAUUCAUCGGUUCUCUUUUCAUCCAUCAGUUAGGUACCUUCUCAUUUUUUCCCUUUUCUAUUAGUACUAAUUAAAUACAUUACAAAGGGUCCUUCCAGAUACAACCCAGUUUUUGAAACGGAUCAGAAUUGCUCUCGAAUCUUAAGGAGAAAUUGGAUCGAAGACAAACCCUCGAAGUAGAAAGUUCAUAGAUCUGGACAACUUUGGAGACGAAGCUUUUCUUGAACUGCUGAGAGGGAAAAUUGGUCAAUGAAAUCUUCGAUAUCAUAUUUAGAACAGAAACCACCUAGUUCUUAAUUGACAAUCAAUUAUAUAGUUUUUGCUUCAAACGAAGGCAAUCUCAUUAAAGGAAACCUCAACCCAGACUGAGGAAAGACUAUUGAAGUGUCCUUCAUGUGAUAACGUCGAAAAUAUCUGACUGACAACUCAAAGCGACGUCCUCGAAGAAGCACUUUUGGUUCGAUAAGAUCAUCAUCUGGAAGUUGGGAUGCCCCGAAGAAACGAGGGUGACACGUGAUGUCUCGUUGCUACUGGUGGUGGUGCUGUUGCUACUGCGAAAAUCCUAACAGCGGCGAUACUGGUGGUAGCAGUACGGGGUUCGGAAUUACUUCAGGAAUCUCAGCUUUACUUUCACUGGCAGUUGUCACAGGUGCUAUCUUUACCGGGGAGUGGCUGCUGACGGAAGAAAAGUUGCCAAGAUCACCUUCUGCAAACAUUUCUGUGGAGCCUGACAGUAGACUCACGUAUAGUGGACUCUGGAAAGUCUGCGUUGCCUUAAGCUCUCGCAUGGAGUACGAGUGCUCAGGUAUCCAGUAUUUUUCAAACGAGUACAGUCCAGAUCUAAUGGAUUCCACAAUGGCAAUACCAUACGCUGUAACAAAGUCAGCUAUGUUCUUCUUUGCGGCGACACUGUUAUUGGUGAUUGCUGAAGUUUGCUACUUCGCCACACACGUUACUCGUCCAAAACCCAGGCUCUGCGUUUUCGUCGCCGGCGUGGUUUUCAUAGUUUCCGGUCUGUUGAUGCUUGUCGGCAUGGUAAUGUACAUAUCCGUGUUCAAGGCUGAAGUGGGUAGCAAACUCAGAUCAAGAUCUUCUUUUCAGGGGCCACCCUUCACCUACAGAUAUGGCUACUCUUUUUUGCUCUAUGUAAGCGGUUUUGUCACUACAGAAGUAGCUGGCACUUCUGCCAUUUUUCUUUACAUUUCCUGGCACCAGCGAGAACUGAUGUGCGAGAACUCGAGGCGUAAAAAUUACGCGGGGGUUUAUCAUUUGGAAAAUCAUCUACAACAUGGUAGUUUACCAAAUCAUGGACAUGGUGGAUUUUUGUGUGAAAGACAUCAAAAAAGGUAUUUUUUUGGAAGGGACUCUAUCGACCAGGUGGAUUUUGAUGAAUUUUUACCACCACCUCCGAGUGCAGAUUACCACGAGUAUUCUGGUCAUCUCACUCGGGAUCUUACAACACAAACGGUCAGUACGACCGCAGACGUAUUACAAGAGGAAUAUAGUCCAAGUAUUCAUCAUGAAUUUGUAACAUUCUCCCUCGAAGAAUCUCUUCCGCCCAUGCCAGUCAGAUCUGAAUGGCCCCUCGACACUUUGAGAAGAACAACCCCUGUCUGAUACAGUGUCAGAUAUGCGAAGCUGAUUGAAGGCUUCGAAACCGGCUCAAGCGACGAGCAAACAGAUGGUGAAAUCGAAAAUCAGAACGAAGAAAACUCAUCUCAACCAGAUGAGAAUUAUGAUUUCGACUGCGAAGAGGAAACCAAACUCUGUGCCUAGUGAAAAGUGCGUCAUAAAUAGACUUUUAACAAAACUCUAAAGUGAUAAAAGGACUCAAAUCACAAAAAAAGAUGAGACAAACAUUUGUAAUUUUAACAAUCGUGAAAAGAAAUCAUCUGAAACUUAGGUUCAUCUUAAGACUAGAACUUCGACUUAAAGCUCACUAAGUGCAACGAGGAGCUUGGAAGACAGAAAUUCUUCAGUGCCUCUGAAAGUUUUCAAGAAAGAUUAGCUCAAGGCACAAAACCCAAAUCGUCGUCCCUGAAGCGUCUAGGUGUUCCGAAAAUAUUUUCAGAUUGGGUGUGACGACGUGCCAAGGCAAAUAAGAACUAUUCGUUGACUCGAGGCUCUAUCGAGUUCACCAAAAGCGAAAGUAAAAUCUUUUUUACUCUAAUAGCUCUGAAUGGGACUGAAACAUAUGUAGUGUAGUAAACUUUAUCGUAGAUGUUUAAAUAUGACGUGUAGUUAACUUUUGUACACGUGAGACGUCCUUAUUGAUGCAAUAAAAGUAAACUGUUCAUUUGUAUUUGUACACAUACUGAACGAGAUAAAGAGCCUGUUACAUACGUUUUUCAUCAUCGGAAAAUAAAAUUGCAUUAAGACG